UGAUUUUUAAAUUAUCUUUAUUUGCUGUUCUUGUGUGUUUUUAUAACAUGUGUUUCAAAAUAAAGCCCUGAUCACAUGAUUCUGUUGAUGCUUCUACAGAAGCGUAUUACAUUCACCAAAAAUAAAAACAACUCUAUUUUUCGGAGUAAUUUUUUUUUUCUGUACUGUUCUGCUGACUAAUUUUUUUUUCUGAUUUUUUUUUUUUUUUUGGACAAUUUUUUUUUCUUUUCUGAUUUUCAGAAUUUUUUUUUUUUAGACUGAAAAAUGCCUCUGUAUUCCUCCAUAUAUUGAGGAAAAAAAACAGCUAUCGACAUAUUAAAUAUUUUAAUAAAAUAAAAACACAUUUUAAAAAAGGAUUCAUGAAUUAUUUGAUAAUUCGCACACGCUCAGUAAAGAGGUGAGAAGUUCAGACAUGUUCAUCCUGUCUGCGUCCUCAAACUUUCCCACAUCACUCACUGAUUUCCACACUCUCCUCAUACUGACAGUUUUCGUGGAAAUUUCCAUGUUGCAUCACAAACUGGUUUCUGCUGCUGAUAUGAAAAAAAGACUCCCCUCCGUGAGUCCUGGUGUAAUCCAGUCCAUGUUUUGAGUGCAGCCCCUCCUCUCUGUUCAGCCUGCAGCAGCAGCAGCAGCAGGACUCACUCUCAGCUUCCAUUGAGCAGCAGAGGAUCCUCUCAGAGCUGCUGGACUCUUGUUGUUGUUUUUCUGCUGGAGCCUCAGUCUGUGCAGGUAUGUGACAGCUCUUGCACACCUUCACACACACCUUCAUCUUGGACCUCUCUGUACAAACUCUCCUCUGGGUUUCCUGACUUUGCUGAUUUCCUCUGUUUGCUGAAUGAGCUGCUGCUGCUGCUGCUGAAGUUCACAAAGAAAAACGUGACUUCCACUCUUCACCUACUGUCCUACUUUCUCUGCUGUGUUCCUCCUGUUUGAGAUCCUCCUCAGUGGAGUGGGAUGAAUCUGUCUGAGGUGUUUCUGCAGUUUUACUCUUUUUUCUGCCUGUUUUUGUGUGAUUUUUUCAGACUUCAGGAGCAGGUUUGAGGUUAGAAAAGUGGAAAUAAAGCAGACUUGAUCUUAUUUUGGAAACAUUAGAGCUCAAACUUGUCCGUUUGUGGCAGCAGUGAGAGGAGUAUGGAUGGGCUGAAGUUGUUUUUGUGCUCAUUGAGGACUCUUAUUGUGGAGGGUGUGAACUUGACCCUGGAGGAAUGUGAUUGGCUGGAGCUGCAGACAGAGAGGGGUGUGUUUGUACAGUAUGUAUGCCUGUGUUUGUGCGUGUGUGUGUUCCUCCUGAGCUCUUGCUUAACUGAACUUUUGGCCUGUUUUUUUCUGGUUUGGUGUUGCAGCCUCAUGCAGUUUUGGUGAAUUAAGAGCAUUUACUCACAGACAGUGUUUUUAUGUUUUAAACCCUCUUGUGUUUCUGUGCUUUGAGGCUCCAAACCUGACCUAAAAUCCAUUUACCACCCCUGAGAUGACCCAGAAACACCAACAGAGCACACAAAGUGGACUCAGACAGGCUGGGGGUUUGAUAAAUUUGUGAAGCGAUGUUCUGAAUCGGCAGCUUUAACAGUUCAGCCGCAGAAAAUGAUCAGAUUUAGAUGAGAGGAGAAGGAAAGAGCUUCAACAGGCAAUGAGUCAAAACAAAGUGAUGAGUUGGAUUAAUCUCCAAAUUUAAGUAAAACUAAAUAUUUUAUAUGUUUUAUUGCAUGCAUACACUUUUAAAACACUGAUUGACUCUUAAUAUUUGCAGUUUUUAGACACAGUUUUAGAUUUCUGCACAUUUCAUUCAGUACGCAGUUACACUCUGAGUAUUUCUUUGUACUUUUACAUCUGUGUUUAUAGAGUUUAUUGAGCAUUAGGAUGGAUUUAUCGUAGUAAACGCCUGUCUCUGAAUGCUUUAACAUGUCUGACUGUGACUUUAACUGCAAAAAUAAUACAGACUAUCCAUCUAUCCUGUCCUACAUCUUUAAAUAAUUAUUUCAAAUUAAAUCAUGAGCAGUAGGGCUCCUGCAGUGUAGCAGAUCUCACAUUUCUGUCCUUAAAAAAACAAAAUAAUCACAUGGUAAAAGUGGGACUUUAUAGUUGUGGACGUUAAAGAUAUUAAUCAGAAACUGGAGGAGAGACGAAGAAGAAGAAGCAGCUGCUUGUGACCUAGAUGAUCACACACACUAUUAAAAAAAUGACGUCUAAAGAUUGUGAAAGAGUCAGAUUUUCAGUCAGUUUUAUCAUCUCCUGAUUAACCGUAAGUUCUCCAAAAUAAAAGCAUGAUCAAAAGAAGUGAUGUGGAUAAAUUUGAUUGUCAGAAAUGACCAACAACUUGUGAGGUAAUUGCAUUUAUUAGUUAAAUUUGUUAAGUGUUAUGUUGCCUGUUUUACUUUACAAACUCACCACAAACUCCACAGUGAAAUCUGACAUUAAUCUCAUGUUUUUUGGGGUCAUUAAAUUUGGACACGCCCACUCAGAGUAGCUGUUAGUGCAGGAGUGAUCACUGUCAGAUGGAUGUACAGAGGUGUCAGAUUAAAACCUCACAAGUUGGUUAGUGGUGCAUGAUGAAAAUGGGUCUGUUUGCAAACACAUCUGGAAGUUUCAGCUCCUAAAUCAGCUUUAAAGUUCGGUGUCUUUUUUUGUGACUGGAAGACUUAACCGGAAUCUGGAUCCUCUGAGUCACUGGUUAUCAGGAAGACUUGAAAAGUGGAUGGAGGGGUGGAGUGGGGGGUGGGGGGGUGCAUUAGGUUGCUAUGGCGACCUCUUUUAGCAGUAUAGGUGUUGUAAUUCAGUGUAAUGUGAUAAAGUAACAAUGAAAUGCUGUUAAAGCCAUCUGCUGUGUUCAUUUAAAUCCUUUACUCUAACACACACACACACACACACACACACACACACACACACACACACACACACACACACACACACACACACUCGGCAGACUGACUGUAAAUGACACAGAAGCCUGUGAGUCACUCAGAUCUUUGGACGAUAGAGCAGGUCUGACUCUGAACACUUAAUCCAGAGCAGAACUUUUCCCAGCAGACACUGGGGUGUGUGUGUGUGUGUGUGUGUGUGUGUGUGUGUGUGUGGGGGGGGGGGGGGGGGGUCACUGAAUAAAUCCUUUUUUUAUGUGAGUUAGCAUUAAAAGUUAUUAAACUGAAGUAGUAAUCUUCUUUGCUCAUUUCAAGUUCAGACAUAUUUCCUUUAAUCUGAUUUAUUGUAAACAGAUUUAUGAUCGAACAGACGCUCAUUUUCAUCCGGACAGUUUCAUAUCCUGCUCCUGAACAAAAGAAGAAAAAAAGACCUUUCAUAAAAAAGAAUAACAAUCUCUGUGCUCUUAUAAGACAGAAGGUUUUUGCACAUGUAUUAUCGGGUUAAAAGACUUGCAGAAAACUCGUGUUCGCACCGGUCUUUGAGUGUUGAAUAUGACGUUUUCUUUCUGAUUUUUUUAUGUGAUUUUUGCACAGAACAGGGUGAAAACAGAAAAACAUGCACAGAUCAAAAUCUGCAAAAAGACAGUGAACCACUAAGAGCACAGUGACAGGAUCAGCAGCAGCAGCAGAACGAUCCAUCAAGCUUACAAACAUACAACACACGAGUUUAAUCCUGGUAUUGUACAGAAAGUCAUUAAACCCAAGAGUGGUUAAAAGCCACAAAAAUUGUUUUAUAUUAAAAUAAUUAAGUUAUGAAGAGGAAUCCUAACGUUCAGAUCCACCAAAUAUAAAACACCUCACUGUUCAGCAUGCUGGCUGUUGAUACUUGAUUCUCAUCCUCAUCCUGGUUCUUCUGUUUUCUCUCUCUUUGUUCAUCUGAGUUUCUUCUUCUCCUCUUUUGUCACAUUUCAAAACUGAACCGUACAAUUUCUGGAGAGUGGUGAAAAAUGACAAGGAUUUUUGUCUUUAUUUACUUUUAUUGUACGUUUAGUUAUUUGUCCUUCAGUAAAAUAUGUGAAGAAAAAAAACAUUUUAAAGUGUUGAAUUGACUUUUGUUUCACUCUCUGUUUCAGAUUCUGACUCUCAGACUCUCUAAGACAGACAGACAGACAGACAGACAGACAGACAUGUUACCAAAGACUCGUCUUGGAAAGCGCUCUCCUCUCGGCGCCUUGGUGAGCUCCACCUGUCCGGCGUCUGGAACACACCCAGGCCUGGAGACAGGUGAGGCUGGCAUCACCAUGGCAACCCCCGCAGGACAUCAGAGCGUCGGCAGAGUCAAGGGUCACCUCGGACUGAAGGUGAGGGGACUUUAUCAUCAUUUAGAGCGUCUUGAGUGACAGGUGUGUCAGCCUAUCACAGUGUCCGUUUCCUCUCUCAGGUGUAUUUUCAGUGCAGCGGUGGAGGCCAGUCUUCAGGUGUGGUGGAUCAGGUGGACUUCAAACAGAGAGAUGUCUUAGUGUCUCCCUCCUGCAGCAGAUCCGUCUCCUCCUGCAUCGAUGUCCCCAGAAGGUUCGACUCUCUCUCCGUCUCCUGUUUUUUGGUCUUCUUUAUGCAUCACACCUAAUUUAUCUCCUCUCUUCUCCUCCUGCAGUAAGAGGAGUCCAGAGGAGGUGGACAUGGAUGAGCUGAUGGCGGCGAUGGUCCUCAGCAGUUUGUCCUGCAGCCCUCGUCUGCACAGCCUCACCCAUCAGGAAACGACAGGUACAUCAACAACAAUCAACAAAAUUCAAUAUUAAAAAAAAAAGGGGACAAAAAAACAAUAAAAAUCCAUUUCUCUCUCAUUUCAGCUCCUGUGAUGGACUGUGGAGGUGGCGAGCUCUCCGACAGCGGCAGCAGCGGCUACUGGAGUGUCGGCCACAGCAACGGAAGCCCCGCCCCCUCUUCACCGGUCGCAGAGCCCGCAGUAAGCCCGGUCGCGCCCCCUGAUGAAGGACUGGACAUGGAGAUAGAGCAGGUGCUGUUUGAGGAGCCGGCGCCGAGGAAACGCAGGGUGAGCUGAGCGUCAGAGUUUGACUUGACAGGAGGAAUAACCUCCGAGGAGACGGACUGAGAGUUGACGUUUGUUUGUCCUCCUCCAGAACUCGGUGAAGACGGCGUACAGGUGUCUGUGGCCCAGCUGCGGGAAGGUGCUGACGUCGGUGGUGGGAAUCAAACGUCACAUCCGGACAACACACCUGUGGUUCGUCUCAUCGCCUCUUUUUACAGAAAAUAUAAAUAACCAGAGGACGAGUUUUACUCAAUUCUAAAUGUGUUUGACCUUUGACCUUUGACAGCCGUGGCGGCGAACACGAGCGUUGUUCCCGCAGUGAGGAGGACUUCUACUACACUGAGAUCAACCAAUGGGACCCGCAGCAGCAGCAGCAGCAGCAGUCCCCGCCCCUCCCUCUCCUGUGUAGCCCCGCCCCUGCUUCCCCCGCCUCCUCUUCCUCUGCACCUCCAAGCCCUCCUCCUCCCUCUCCUCCGUCCCCACCAUCCGCCUCUCCUCCGGCCUGCAGCGCUCUGAGUCGCUCCGCCCCUUCCACCUCUGGCAGCCUCUGGCAGGUCCAGUCAGAGCACUCCUACCAGGUAAGGCGGGGCUUAUUCUCAGGCAUAUUUUGUUACCUUGAAAAUGCAGAUGAGUCUUUUUUAUAAUUUACAUAAAAAAAGAUUUUUAAAGCUACAGUAAGAAACUUUCCAUCUAUGUUGACUUUGGCGCCCCCUGUGGAGGAAGUGUAACCCUUAAGUCAUAGCUAAUAGACUAAAAGGCUUUUUAAUUACCUUGUUUAAACUGCUUUAAAGCUAGCAUCGGAAAACAAAUAUGUGUUUACGUUUUUAUGUUUUGUUUCUCUAGGCUCCGCCUCCAACUCUGGUGUUGUCAGCAGCUGCUUCAAACACAGCCCCCUGUCGCUGGGCGGCCACGCCCACCACCUGUGUCCGACAAGUGAGUUUGCAGAUACGACAGUGAAACGAUGAAUUAUGGGUGCAGGGUCAAAGACAAGUCAAAAAUCUGAAUAUGUAAAGUGAGAAUUUCAGUUUGGGUCAAGUUUGGCGCCCCCUAUGGCCAAAUACAUCUUUACUUGUCCUGUAAAUGGACAUUAUGCUAUUUAUCGUCAUUUAUUCUUAAUUUUUUCUUGUAGAAUUUUAAACUGAGCAUGCUCAGCUAACACCAACAUGUAAAAAUAAGUUGGUCCUACCUUAGCCUUAAACGACGGGUCGCAGUUAGAAUAUGACAAAAUAUUGAACAGCUUGCAAACGAAAAUAAGAUUUAAAAAGUAUAAAAAAAUAUUGAUGUUAAAGUAUUUUAAAAUAAUCAUUUUUCUUAUCUGACACCAGAGCGAAUGAACAGCAGGAGUAAAACAACAAAACAAAAACAAAUCUUUAAAAGUGAAUGUUCGUGUUUGUGGAAGUCUGAUAUGAUACUUUUGCAUCCUAAUGCCUCCUUAAACUCAGAAUACAAGUUUAAGUCCUGAACUUUAAAAAGUGAGCAGUGCUGCAGCUGUGCAUGCUGGGAAGAAGACUCUGCAGCAGUGUGCAUAAAAGGAGACGGCGAUAAUGAUGAUCUCUAGAUAUGAGCUGUUGCACCAAAACAAAAAGACAGUGUGCAGCAGGAAACGCUGCAGACAGCUGAGAAAUGCUGCAAACAGAGUCUCGGCGGAGCUUCAUUGUUCAGUUUUGGCUGAAAACACACAGUUCUGGGUUUUCCCUGAGACUUUUGGUACGACUGUGCAUCUCCUUAAAGACGGCUUCAGCGCCACACAAACACACACACACACUUCUCUAAUUCACUUCUGUUUUCUCUCGGCUCGCUUCCUGUACAGCAAAGUCUAUUGUUUAUUUCCUCCACGGGCCCAGAGAAGCCUGUUAAGACUGGUUUUACACUGGAGGGGGGUGAAGUGUGUGUGUGUGUGUGUGUGUGUGUGUGUAUGCUCCUCCCUGAUGGUUUUCAUUCAGAAGGAAAAUCCCCUCCUGGAUGGUUUGCGGUCACAUUUUCCAUCAAUCUGUCACAGUGAGGUGCUGCCACCUGCAGGCAGAGGGAGGGAGCUGCAGGAUGUUUUUCAGUAGAGAGGACAAACACAAAGGACAUUAAUAACAGGAGGAGCACAGAGGGAACACAAAAUGACAGAGCAGCAGAGGAAAAUCUGAAAUAAACAAUAAAAACAGAAAAAAUAAGAAACGACAGCAAAGACAGCGGGAGAGGGAGAAACGGCUCAAAUAAACAACAAACUCACUCCUCUUCUUCUCUCCUCUGCAGGGUUUGACCAUGAGGGUUCGCUCCGUCAGUGUAGGAGAGCAGUGGCUGCAGCAGCAGAGCGCCCCCAGCAGGUCAGUAUCAACAAGUAAACAACAUUUUCGGACAGCAGAGUGUAAAGUCCACAUUCAAGAUUGUCAAAAAUGUGAAUACUGCCUUCAUGACUCUGUAGGUUACAAUGAAGGUAUUAGCAGUUAACCCUGAUAGUAACCCAUCUCUCUGUCUCUGUCAGGAGGGUUCGUGGUGAAGCCAAGAAGUGUCGUAAAGUCUACGGCAUCGAGCACAGAGACCAGUGGUGUACGGCCUGUCGCUGGAAGAAAGCCUGCCAACGCUUCCUCGACUGAGCGGAGAAACAAAGAAGGACUCAAACAGGCUGUGGACUUCAGCCUCACCCGGUGGAUGUUUUAUACUUUUGUACAUCAGACGUUUUUUUGUUCCCAUUUUUAUACUCUUUCUACAUUUGCUAGAAGUGUCUUUUUCAUUUUUACGUGUCUUUUGAAUGUAUUUUGUAGUCGCCUUGUCCUAUCAGUGCAGCUAUUAUGUGACUUUUGACCUUGAGGCAGCCGAGCGAGUUGUAUUUGUAUUUGUAUUUUUUUGCGUCCAGCUGGUUCCUCGAAGGUCCCCAGUUUGUCGUCUGACUCAUAAAUAUUCAGAUUUAUGGGUCGUACGUCGUAAUUAGUCAUUUUAUCGGGUCCUAAGUGUUUUCAAAUCUCAAAAAGCGAAGUGUAGAAAAGCACAGAAGUUCAGUGUUUACGCCUCAAGUUGGACCUUUUUACUGUUUUUUGUAUUUGACACAAGGCUGGAGUACAAACACUAAUUUAACAGUAAAUACUUGAGCUCGCCUCGUCAGCAGGGUGCAUGUGUAAACUCCAUAAACUGAUGUGAAUCUGGAUGCUCAAAACACACUCAUAGAAAAAUGCACCAAAUACCCUUAGGUUUUCUUUUGGAUGCUUCCGAUCUUUGGUAGCAGUCUAAAAACACAUCAAAUACGUAUAAGGAGGGGUGCUUUUCACUCCAAAAAGACAACAGGAUACAGGUUUUGUCUGAAAAAGCUACUCCUUUGUAAACGGGACAAGAAAUCAGAAAUCAGAGGUAUCACCUUGUCCACAGGGGGGCGUCAUAUCACCACAAACUCAAAGUUCCUCACAGCCGUUUUAAAGAAAAUAAUGGUGCACUUUUUAGCAGAAAGGUCUUCAUGUGGAGAGCUGGUUUGAUUAAUAAGACACCCCAGUUUAGGACAACAGCACUGCCACUGAGCUCAUUUUCUGCACCGGUCCUUUACAGGACGGCAAAAAACAGAAAGAGCUUCACGUGUCCACAAAAACGGCACAUUGUGGACUUUGCAGAACACAGGAAGUCUUCAUGCAUGAAGACAUUUCAGAUCCUCGGGGAGACCCCUCAGAAACAAAUCUGGCCUGAUGUACUGGUAUGUGCCAUUCAAAAGGGUGCAGCUUUAAGGUACUUUUAAAUUUGCAUCAAUUUCCGUUAAAAAGUCUUUUCCUUAUGGACAGUUCUUGGCUAACUCUCUCGUGUUUUUAUUCCUAUAACAUCAGCCAAAUAAGCAGCAGGAGUAUGAAGGUAUUUUUGGUGCAAAAGGUAAAAGUACAACACAACAUUUACACAUUCACAAACUCUUAAUUACAGGUGCACAAAUCUUAUUUGGCCGUAGGUGAGACAGUUAGUCACAAGGUUUAUAUGUAAAUAAAAAGGAUUCCCUCUGCCCUCCGACAGGUAGCAACAACGGUAGUUUACUAACUUAGCUGAAAGCUAAUGCUAAAGCUAGCCAACUGUUGCAUUAGCCUGUAGCUGUUCAGUAACUUUAAUGAGACAAACACAUAAACUAACACAGAUAUAGUAUUACAAUCUUGUUUGAGCUUUGACUUGAGCUCUUUAAGUGACAAAAUCUAUCUGCAUCUUCCGUCCUUGAAAACUGUUAAAGGGAUAUUCCGGCGUAAAAACAAUUAAGGGUCAAACACACCUCAGGCCAGUCUAUUACAGCGGGGUGACGCAGCUCAAGGAAGAACAUUUAUGAUUAUUACUGUAUCAUUUCCUUGAAGUAAUAAUCAUCAUAUUAAUCAAUUUGCACUGCAGACGCGGUAGUUCUUCUGUCUUCGCGUCUCGGUAUGACUGUAUUUCCAUGAAGAAAUGAGUUGUGUUUCGUCUCUUUGCUAAAGAAAUGAGUCAAAGUUAAAAAGAUGUUUGAUGUCUAGUACUAUGACUGUGACCCUGUAUGUCCUGUUGAUGAAGUUAGGUGCUGUUCUGAGCAUUAUUUGUGGUUAUAGAGUGGCGUUUUGGUUGAGCAUGUGGCUCUCUGUAUUACUAUCCUGCGUUCGUUACUAAAGUUGGUUUAACUAGAGAAGCAAGCAGUCGACAACAUUCAUCUCUGGAGGGGGGGUCUAACUCUGUUUUACGGUGUGUUUGACCCUAAAUUGAUUUUACACCGGAAUAUCCCUUUAAGUAAAGUUUGUGCGAAGUUUAUCUGUAAAUCCGACAAGUGGAGGAAGAAAACUUUUUUUUACUGUUAGUGUGUUUUGGAGGUCAUAAAUCAGGUUGUCUAAAGGUCCUAAAGGGUCUUUUUGGUGCUCUGCAGUCGGAGGUCAUCUGCAGAACUGACUCUGAAGCAGCUUUGAACGCCGACACACCAAACCGACCAUCAGGUGCUCUUUAUAUGAAGAAUAAAGCCUUUAAUUUGUUAUCGAUGUACCUGAGGAAAACUUCAUACUCUGUUGUCUUUAAACAGCCUGUGACACAACUCCAUGUCAAUCGUUUGAUCAUCUUUAAACGGUGUCUUACGGCAGCUCCGUCUGAAUACUGAAGAUGGUCUCGGUGUGUCGCUGUCCUCACUGCUUCAGACUCUAAAUUCUUAACCAAUCCAGCGUCAGAUUUAUCACAUCAGAUGUAAAAAAACGUGUAAUUCAAACUGCAGACAUGUGUUAGUCACUUCACUGUAAAUACCAUCCCUCCUCCUCAUCAUCAUCAUCUUCGUCCCUUUCUUCAUGUGAGCUUCAGUUCAGUUGUUUCAUGUUAGGAAGCAGAAGCCAUUUCCACUCGUCUCAGUGGGAACCCCAUGCAGUAUUGAUCGAAAGGGUCUUACAAAUACAUUAACACGAUGUUUACACAGAGAAAGAUGUAUAUUUUAUGAUAUCUACAUGUACCUGUUGGAUGUAUACAGACAUAAAAAUACCAAACGACCUUCCUGAAGCCUUUUGGAUGUUUCUUUGCAGUAAAAGAAGACAAAAGUUCCUCUUUAUUUAUAUUCUCUGUACGUCCUGUUCGUCCCAAAAAAAGUAAAUGUUGAUCAGUGUAAUCGUUUUCAUUUUUUAAAUGCACUUAUAUUUGUUGUCAAAAUAAAGUGAGAAGAUUGAUUCAGA